AUGCUGGUGGCGGUGCGCACUGCCGCCCCGUGCGCUGCCGAGCGCGCGGGGCGCUUCGGGCUGGGCCUGCUUCCGGGCUGCGCGGCGCCGAGGGUGGACUGUCGGCGCGCCGACCAGCGGACGCCCAAGCUGGCGCCGAAGAAGGAGCUGAUACGGACUUGGAAAAUCCGCCCCGGCGACUUGGUCGAGGUCAUCUGUGGCAAGGAAGGCAUGAAGCGCAUGAGAGGCGAGGUCCUGAUGGUCGACUUCCUGAGGAACAUGCUGAAGGUGAAGGGCGUCAACUUGCGCAAGCUGCGGGACGAGGACGGCAACUACAAAAUGAUCGAGAAGAAGAUCCACUACUCGAAUUGCGCCCUCGUGGACCCUGUGCUGUCGAAGCCCACGCGCGUGGGCCUGACCUUCACCGAGGAGGGUGGCGCCAUAAGGAUAUCGCACCUAUCAGGCCACGUGAUCCCGUGGCCGGACCCGCCCAAGCGCUCGGAGGUGCCGCUGAUAGCCUCGGACGGCCCAAAAGACACGCCCCCGGAGAAGGCGUUGGAGAAGACGUACGACUACCACGCCGACUCUGAGGCCAUCCGGCUGGCAAGGCUAGAACUGGUCCUGGGGAAGGCCCCGGGGUCCGGUCGCGCCCGCCCCGGCUUCCCCAGCCUCCGUGGCCACCUGGAGAAGGGCGGGCUCUUCGGGAUCGGCAUCGCCACGACCGCGGCAAUGGAGGACCGCGAUGAAGGAGACUGCUCGGGACGAUCAGCUUUUGAUAUGGAGUUCGCCGCCCUGCGGUCGACUCUGUCCAAGACUUUCCAGCUAUCUUGCGAGACCACUGUGCAGGGUGAUGACGUGGCCGUCACGGCCCUCCAGUCGCUGCGCCGCAUGUGCAGGCGGGGGGACGCAGAGACGGUGGCCCAGCUGGCGCAGCUGGCGCGGGCCUCGCGCGACAGGCCGGAGAGGCCUGCCGACGGCCGCGGCGACGAUGGCGUGCACCGCUGCGAUCGAGGGCCGCUGCCAUUCUCACUGUUUCGGCCCGAGGCAGGACGCUGCACGGCCCCGUUUUCCAUACACGCGCGCGCGCGCGCAGAGGCGUGCGCGUUCUCGCGGGUCCCUCGUGAGAGCACUGGACCAUUCAGGGCAGCGUCAUCAACCACGCCAAGCGGCAUGGGCAUCCUGAAGGACGACGGCUUCCCUCUCGCCGACUUCUUGCCCUCCCUGCCGUUCCUCGCCCGGCGGGACCACCAGGCGGAGCCCAAGGCCGCCGAGGCCAGCGGCGGAAGCGGCGCCGCCGCGGACGAGGCCCCCGGCGCCGAGCCGCCGUGGCGGUCCGAGGCCUUCGACGCCGCCGACGAGCUCGAGAAGGGCCUCUCCCCGAGCCGCGCGGGGGCGGGCGCCGCCCUGCGGCGGCCCCUGGGGCGGGCGGGCGGGCUGCGGCGCUACUUCGCGAUCAGGCAGGAGGGCUCCGAGGAGGUCCUCCUGAUGAGCGAGACGCACGAGGUCCUCUUGUGGGCGGUGCCGUGCGCCUCCAGCGACGGCGCCGUGCGGCGCAUGGAGUUCUUCUGCAGCGCGCCCGGGGGCGCUGGCCCGCGGCGCAAGCCGGACUUCGUGCUGGCCCGGGCCGAGGGGGGCGGCGACGACUGGGCCCUGUCGCAGACCUGGUGCGAGUGCUGCGCCCAUCGCCCGAGGCACCUUACCUGCGCCAGCAUGGGCAAGGGCCAGCAGGUGGCCCGGCUCCUGCACACGCGCCAAAAGGCGGGCGAGGCCUGGGUCCACAGCAUGGACGCCUGGCUGCCACCCGUUCUCGCCGACGGCACCGCCUCGGACUGGUGCCCCGCGCUGCUGGGCGCGGACCUUGGGCCCGCCUGGCGCAGCGCGGCGUCGUCGCCGAGCAGGGCCACGUCCGCGGCCUGCUCGCCGCGGAGGUCGGCGCAGAGCUCCCCCCGGAGGCAUCCGGCGGCGCCCGGCUCCCGCCUCGGGGGCCUCGGCCAGCGCCCCUCGGGCUUCUCUCUGGCCGACGUCUACGCGGGCCUGGCCGAUGUCCAUGGCGGCGCGGCCUUGUCCGGCGGCGCGCCGCAGGUCCCGGGGCAGGAGAGCCCCGCCGAGGCCGAGGGCGCCUCGCCGUCGAGGGGCCGCUCACCGUGCAGCUCCGCGGGCGCCGCGGAGGACCCGAUCUGCCUCAGGACCAGGCUCCCGGUCUGGGACCAGGAGGUGAAGUGCCUGGUGCUGAACUUCCACAACGUUUCCAAGCUGGAGGUGUCUCCGAGAAACUUCAUGCUCGUCCACUCCUCCGGAACUGGCGAUGACCGAGUAGUGUUUCAGCACGCCAGGGUCGGGCCCAAGACGUUCUGCAUGGACGUAGGUGCACCUCUUGGCGUGGUGCAAGCUUUCGCCAUUGGCAUGGCGUCUUCAGAUUGGGACUGAAUCAGAGGCAGCGCGCGCUAUGCCCCCAACGAGGGCAAGUUUUUCCCGUUGCAAUGAGGCUUUAUUGCAGUUCCAAGUCGAAUUCCAAUGAUAAUGGUGUAGUAAUCGGAGACUUCUGCACGCGCAGGAGAUUCAUUUUUUGUUCGCCUGGGCAUUUGCCCGUGCCCGGCUUUUCGCAAGAGUUCCCGCUGUUGUUGCCGCUGUCGAAUCGCGCAUUUUCCUCGCGACGCACUGUUCGCGAAUGUGCAGCAGUUUCGAGCCCUUGCGCAGAUGUUGAAAAUAAUCAUCACAGAUACCCAAAUUGAAAGGAUGGUGCC